AUGGACACUGUGCUUGAGAAAAUUGGAAAAUUCAACCUGAGGAUUCCAAGCUGUUCCUUGAAGAGUCCCCAGCCUUUGAAGGAGUUUGUGGUGCACUGCCAAACGAUGCCGUCGAGAGUAAAGAAAUCAUUCUGCGGUUGCUUGCAGGAUGAUGAACCGCCAGAAAUUACAUACUGCGUGGUGGAACAGACGGGGACGCUCACGCUACAGGCAAUGACACCGACGCUUCCCAUGCCAGCGGAAGAGGAGUUGAACAAGAUGUUUCUGGAGCUGGUAGACGAGCUCGAUCUCACGCAAGCUAAUCGUCAGGCCGUGUUGGCCCUUCCUGCGAACAAAAAGUGGCAAAUCUACUGCUCCAGGAAGGGCAACGACACCUUGGACAACGGAGGGCUCAGGACCACUGACCUGAGUGGUGACCCCGAGGAUUACAUCAACAGAAUCCGGGUGAUAGCCAGCACCACCUUCUCUGAGGACGCGGAAGAAUUAUCCAACCAAAUGCGGCAAGCAGAAGCUCUGAAGACUGCCCUGAGGACCCAGCCGCACAGUUUCGUCCUGAGGUUCAUCGAGCUUGAUGGGUUGAAUGCUCUUUUGCAAGUCUUGGGGACGAUAGACGUCGAGGCGGCCAACAGCAACCUUCAUACCAGCGUGAUAGGAUGUCUCAAGGCGUUGAUGAAUAAUUCUAACGGCAGAGCUCAUGUUCUGGCGCAUCCGACAGCAAUCAACACAAUCUCUCAGUCGCUGGCGACUGAGAACAUCAAGGCCAAGAUAUCCGUCCUGGAGAUCCUGGGAGCUGUGUGUCUGGUUCCAGGUGGGCACCGCAAAGUCCUAGAAGCCAUGCUGCACUUCCAGCAGUUCCAUUCAGAACGCACAAGAUUCCAAAGCAUAAUAAACGACCUGGACCGGAACUUUGGGGUCUACAAGGACAAUCUCUCUUUAAAGACAGCGAUCAUGUCCUUCAUCAACGCGGUUUUGAACUACGGGCCUGGCCAAGUCACCAUGGAGUUCCGGCUGCACUUGAGAUACGAGCUGCUGAUGCUCGGAAUUCAGCCGAUCAUCGAAAAACUCCGCAAGUACGAGAACGAAACCUUGGACAGGCAUUUGGACUUUUUUGAAAUGGUCCGGAAUGAAGAUGAGAAAGAACUGGCCAGGAAGUUUGAGAAAGAACACGUUGAUACCAAGAGCGCGACGGCUAUGUUUGAUCUUCUGAGGCGGAAGUUGAGCCACACUGCAGCCUACACGCAUUUAUUAAGUUUGCUGGAGCACUGCUUGCUUUUGCCGCUAGAUUAUGGCUCCUAUCCUCAGCAUUGGCUGCUUUUUGACCGGAUUGUCCAGCAGAUUGUCCUCCAGUCUGAAGGCAGCGAAGCUGGCAAGGCACGGAACCCAGACGUGGCUCCAAUUGACAUCAAUGUCAAGGAAAUUGUCCACCUUCUGGCCAAGGAGGAGGAAUUGGUUGCUGCUAGGAAGAGGGCAGAAGAACUAGAGCGUGAUAAUUGUGAAAUGUCUUCUAGGCUGGCGAAGAAAGAGCAGGAGCUUGAUCUGAGGACUCAGGAGAAAGAAGACAUGGAGGCGAGUCUUGCGAGGAUCAAGGAACGCCUUGAAAAGGAGACUUCCAUGCACAUUGAGACCAAGCAGAAGAUCUCCGAGCUCCAGGACAAUGUUGAGACUCUGUCAAGGCAGGUUAAUAAUGAAAAGUCAGAGAGGAAGAGGCUUGAGCAGUUGGUCGCUUCUGGGAGUCUUCCUGAUGACGCUAAAGCGACUAUCAAGAUUGUCGAUGAUGAUGUUGAGGAGAAAGUUGAAUCUAAGCCUACUCCGCCGCCUCCACCUCCGCCUCCGUUAGCUCCACCACCUCCGCCGUGCUUGAUGCCCAUCGCUCCUCCGCCGAUGAAGAUGGAGAUCAUCAAAAAUGUUCCCCAGCCUAGCAAUCCUUUGAAAUCAUUCAAUUGGUCAAAGAUUCCGGAACAGAAGCUUCAAGGAACGAUUUGGUCUGAAUUGGAUGACUCCAAGUUGUACAAUGUGAUGGAUCUGGAGUCUAUUGAUAAGAUUUUCUGCGCUUAUCAGAAAAAUGGAAUCCCUGCUGAAGGAUCUAUUGAGGAUUUGAGGAAUUUGGGGAAGAACAAGAAGACCAUGUCGGUGAUUGACUCCAGACGGGCGCAAAAUUGCACUAUUUUGCUGUCUAAAUUAAAAAUGUCUGACAAUGAAAUCACGAGGACCAUUUUGUCGAUGGACCAGCAGAAUAUUCUUCACAUUGACAUGGUAGAGCAGUUGCUGAAGUAUAUUCCCUCGUCGGAAGAAGCAGCUCUGUUGGAUAUGAACCAAAAGGACUUGCAGAGCAGAGCUGAUUGUUUUCUGUAUCAAAUUUCAAAAGUGCCGCAUUACGAGCAGCGCCUGAGGUCUCUGCACUACAAGAAAAAGUUUUCAGCGAGCAUUGCGGAAUUGACGCCGAGGAUGCGUGCCGUCCUCGAGGCGAGUCGACAGGUUGCCAGAUCUCGACGACUCAGGAAGUUGCUCGAACUGGUUCUUGCGCUGGGGAAUUACGUCAAUCGUGGAAACGCUCGCGGCAACGCCUGCGGCUUUCGGUUGGCCUCCUUGAACCGGCUGGUUGAUACCAAGUCCUCCUGCUCAAAAGGCACCACCUUGCUUCAUUAUUUGGUUCAGAUCUUGGAGUCUAGGUUCAGGGAGGUUUUGGAUAUUGAAGAGGAUAUGCCUCAUGUGAAGACUGCUGCUCGGGUUAGCAUGGCUGAUCUUCAGAAGGAAGUUGCUAAUCUUAAAAAUGGAUUGCAGGACGUUCAGAGGGAAAUUGAGUUCCAUCGAGCUCAAGCCCAAGUUCUCCAAGGUGACAUGUUCCUGCCCGCUAUGCGUGACUUCCAAGCACAAGCAACCUGCCGACUAGCAGAAGCCGAAGAUCUGUUCCAGGACAUGAAGACUAGGUUUGACAGAGCAGUCAGACUCUUUGGUGAAGACUCUGCUGGAGUUCAGCCCGAUGAGUUCUUCGGAAUCUUCGAAAACUUCCUCCAGGCCUUGACAGAGGCCAGGGCCGAUGUCGAGAACAUGAGAAGAAAAGUCGAAGAAGAGGAACGUCGCGCUAAACAAGAGCAAGAACUGAAGAAACGAACGAUGGAGAGAAAAAACUCACGAGAAGGCAUUCUCAACAGCAUCGCGCUCAACAAGAAGAACGAGAGCAACGGCCAGGGAGACAAUAAAGGCGAGUUCGACGACUUAAUCUCCGCGUUAAGGACUGGAGAUGUUUUUGGGGAGGAUAUUGCUAAAUUUAAGAGGUCCAAGCGCCGUCCUGUCACUCCAAGCAGCCAAGAUUCUCGCAGACACAGUAUCCACCGAGAAGACUCUCGCGAGCGGCAUUAA